AUGUGUGAUUCAGAACAGCAACAAGUAAGUCAGUGUCAUUUUGGUGCGUUAUUGUAAAAUUCAGCUGAGUUAUUUCGGAGAAACUACAAUCCUAAUGCUAGUUCAGGCUCAAGCUUUAAGCAUCUAGUCACGAAAUGACGUUGGAAUGCCUGUAUAAAAAUCCCAUUAAAAAUUUUUAGGCCUAGCAGUGAUUUGCUGGAUUAUUAUUUACGGUAUUCGAGGUUUCUAGGCGUGUCCUGGCAUUUCAAAGACAUACCUGGUUGUUAGCGUUGUCUCCAUCUCCCAGGAGGCUGAAAACGUGAGCGAGCCUCAGUGGCCCGAGAAUGGAGAUAAAUGGAGCGAUGAUGGUGGGACGAACAUGGACUGUGCCCUGCAGGCCAUGGCUGAGGAGGAUGAGGAGAUCAAUGUCUACAAUGAAGAGACGUUUGGCAUGGGUGUGUACAUUUACUACAUCUCACUGUCUUCACUGUGGAGUUUUUUUUACCCCCAAUAGGUUUACUGCUGCUGAGCCUUGUUUCUACACUGUAAAGAUUAAAUGUGAUGUGUCAAUUUGACCCCAUUCAGCGUUAAAAUAUAGUUGAUUUUUUUUUUUUUUUGCUUCAUAUUUCAUUACUUUUUUCAUGGUAUUUGUUUUUUUGUUUGGUUUUUUUGAGUUGCAGAAGGUAAAGAGCGACCCUUAGGACUCUGACUGUAUUUUAAAUUGUGUCUAAAUGAUAGAUCUGGAUGCACAUGGGACCACAGAGGACCCCAGCACAAGUCUCCUACAAUUUGGAGAGCUGCCACCACCGCCAUCAUCACCACCACCGCCACCACCACCGCCAACUCCACCCCCUCCUCCACCUGACCCCAAACUACCACCUCAGCACAGCUCCCCCUCUCCUCCCAGACAGAGGCCAAAGUAUCUGCCCCGAGCUCUUCGAGGGCGGUAUGGUAGAGGUCAGGGAACCAAGGGAGGUGGACUGGGCAUGGGGCAGUUGUUCGAGGACCCAGCUGUGAUGAGGAUAGUGGAGGGACGGCCGAGCCUUAUGGUAAUGCAAAUAAACGACUGAACCAAGGAGGUUAACUCAAAGGAUGCUGUCGUCACCGUGAUCUGCUUUUGUUUCUUUUAGAGUCUGGACAGUGCCAUAGUGGACUGUGGGAAUGCCAUGGACAGGAAAAACUUUGCAGAUGAUGUAAGUGGGAGUUUUAAAGAUACUAGAAGUCACAUUUUGUGGUGUUAAGGUUUUCUUUUUGUGCUUAAUCUUCUUUUUUCCUCACGAAGUAUUUGGAACCCUCUUCGAGAAAGACUAGAAGAAUCUGUGGAUCAAUACUUCAGGUUCAGAUGAAACCAAACCCACUUUUAAUGACCUGACAGUGGGUCACUUGAAAUACUUUCAGAUAACCCUAUUUCGUUCCUUAGGACCCAGCCAUAGUGUGUGUGAUUGAUGGUCACAGAGGCAGCGGUCAGCACCUGAACUCCAACUACCUGGAUGUGCCCUAUCCCGUCCACUCAUUCAGAGGCAGGAGAGGAGAACCCAGAGGAUCCUACUCCAGGAGACAUUUUGGCCAAAGAGGCCACAACCAGGUGGAAAGUUGAUUUUUACCAGAGUAAUUUCUUUAAAUGAUGGUGUGAUUAUUUUGGGCCAUGAGCUUUUUAGCUUUCUAAAGAGGAGAAGAUGGAUAUCACUCAUGUUCGGACGAAUAAUCAUAGGUUUGGGCUAUAAGGGAGUGGAUAGGAUGUCAUAAAAAGGUUUAUUUUUAACCCUGGGCAGUUGACUCGGCAAGUUUACUUCACCUAGCAUCAGUAAGUCUGGUCAUUCAUGCUAAGCUAACUGUCUGCUAGCUCCAGCUACACUCUAGUAGUGUAAAAAGCUUUGCCAGGAAAGAAAGUGAAUAAAUGUAUGACCCGAAGUGUCGUAUUCAUCACUGAAUCUUAGUUUUGUCUUGCAGAUGCAGAUGGUUCCAGGUUCACCUAUUUUCUCCCGCCAACCAUUAACCCCAAGACAACAUUUCAAUCAGGUUUGUUCCGAAUUAUCCGAACCUAUCCUGAUGAAUAUAAACCAAUAGCGUGUACUUUUAUAAAAUAUGAUGAAAUCUACCUGUCAGUGACUAAUGAGGUUGUUUUGUGUUGAAUCAGACAGGUGGUUUCAGGUUUCCUACAAAUCGUGGUUGCCCCUCUACCCCACAGUCUUUGCCCUCAAAGAUGAUGCAACUUCGCUUUGGUGCCAACUCACCAAGACCCUCCCCCUUUUACAGCCCCUCAUCCAAUUCGGUACAGCAUUUCAGGUGUGUGAGCAUAAAAUCAAUGAGUGUCGAAAUAAUGUUUGAUUUGUGGUCAAACCUCUUAAUCAGCAAAGUUUGUGUCUAAGGCAUAAAGUAUAUUCAUCAUUUGGCAGUAUGACUUUUUUUUUAACAACUCUAAAUUUUCGUCUUUAACCUGACAUUCAUCAGUAUUGUACUCCUUACACUAUUAAUUCCAUUUGUUGAACUCAAGUUGCAGUUUGAGGACUAAAUUGAUAAGAUUUGAUGUUUACUGUCGACUCGAAGGUAGAAUAAACAGACUUUACUGGAAGUCUAAGUAGAGGCCUGAAACCUGACUUAGCCCUUGAUGCUUUUCUGAAGAUACAAGAUUAAAAACAAAACUGUUUUUAAGAGGGAACAUGGAUUAGAAAGCUUGUCGCAUACCUAGAAUUAAGAAGUUUUAUUCUUAGUUUUUGAUCAGUUCUAAUGUGCUGAUCUGGGCUGCUGUAAUCAACCUUUUUGAUUUCUGUGCGUUGAAAUAAAACUAUUUAUUUGGUAUCCAGAUGAGUAAUCUUGCUCAUGUAUGUGAAAUAAAGAAUAUUGUCAAAAAAAAAACGAAAAAAAAGACCUUUUUAGAUGUAUAUGUGUAUGAUGCAAUAGGUUACCGGGUCCUGUCACCCAGCUCCAUCCCCAACACAAACGCCUUCUCACCCAAAAACAACGCCUUUUCCAGAGGUGGGUGGUGCAUUCCUUUUUUUUGUUGUUGUUUUUGCCAAAGUCAGGUUAUUUUAAAAAAGCAAAAUAAUAAGAGGCUGUUUGCCAAAAAAAUAUGACCUGCCUGUAGAAAACCAGAGAGCUGGGAUCCUUACAGUAACCUCAUGACGGCCAAAGAGAAGGAGUGGAUCACCAGGCUGCAGAUGAUUCAGCUGCAGAGUGAGAAUCCGUACCUGGAGGACUACUAUUACCAGGUAACCAAUCUUUGCUAGUUUCCAAUCCAGACCUUUUUUUAACGCAGAUAUCAUUUUUUUAUGUUUUCUCGAUCAGUAAAGUCAGUUCAACUAGCACACUGCGUAUCGUUUAUAUUUUGAACCUAUGUUUCUUCAGGAGUACUACCGGCGAAUAGAGGCUAAAAUGGCAGAAGAGGAGCUGGGCAUCCGGAGCAAGAGGGAGCCACUAAAGCUCACCACACCCUACAUCACGAAAACAGACUCAUACACACCAGGUUAGUUCUUUUUUUUUUUUUUCUUUCACUUGUAUGUUGUUACUUAGUGGUAUUUCAACUCUGCUCUGACAAAAAUGGCCUUUAGAAAACAGGAGUAUGCUUCCGCUUGAGAUUUCAAAGUCCAAAGUUUCUGUUCUUCAUUUCUUUGAACAUCUUUCCUAUGACUGUAAAUCCACAGGCAUGCAGAUUCAAGAUCUAAUUUGAUUAAGACUUGAAAUCUUCAUUUGACUCAGUUUACUUUAUCACUGUACUUGGUCUCCUGAAUCUAAAUUCAAUUUUUUCAUUGUUUCUACAAAGGGUAAUGUUGUGUAUUAUAUACACUGGUAUAAAAGUUUCUAUACAUGGUUUCCUCAUCUUGUUGAAUUUCUGUUGCUCUCCCAGUGGUGCACAUUGAGGGCUCUUUGGGUCAAGUUGCUGUGUCCACAUGUUACUCUCCUCGCCGUGCCAUCAGUGCAGUUCAUGCAGUUCAGGCUCAGGGUCCACUUGAGGUAAGCAUUUGCUUUGGACGGUUCUUGAUAUGUUUUAACUUUUUCUGUCUGUCUUCCCUGACUCUGAAAUUGCUUUUUUUUUGUAGGAACAAAAAGACAUCAGGCAGCAGCGGUUAGAGAUCCUCAACAAAAUAGAAAAGGUAUCUACAGGAUAUUUUUGUCCAGUUGCUGUGAGGUAUUUUUGUUUUUUCAACACUUUCUCCUAUCUCAUCUGCCCUGCAGUUGUUUUUUGUCUUGUUGGAAGUGGAGGAGACAGAGAGAAUGAAAACUACAGUCUUGUCUGAGGCAGAAGAGAGAGGGUUGAUGGAGAAGACUCAGAGGAAAGUGGAGCACAUCUACUCCCAGCUGCAACACCAUGACCCUCUGUGAGCUAUAUGCAUCCUACAUUGAGCUGCAAGUCAUGAAUCAUGUGAAAAAGGAAGGAUUGAUUUAUGCUUCUUGUUUCCAGCUCUCCUAAAGAAGUUAGAUAUCAUUGGACAAUGAUAGAAUGAUGUGAUAAUCGUGAUGGUAAUAAUGUUUUGAUGCAGAGAUCCAGGAGGAGAGCUUCUUCCUUUCCUGCACGUCUCCAAAGGCAAAAGACUGCUUGCUCGUCUACUCCCCUUCCUGAAACAAGACACUGCUGUAAAAAUCUUGCACAUUGUAACUUCUAAGCUGCCAACUCUGAUGAGCAGAGAUACUGAAGAUGUAGGUUGAUUUUCAGUGCUGUUUGAAUGCCAGUUUUUUGUUUUCAUAUUGCCAAAGUACUUUCUGAUUUUGCAGCAGAAGUAUGAUGACCUAUGAACCAACAAUGUUAGCUAGGAGUGCUGGUCAAAAGAUCAUGAACAAAUUUGGACCUUCAAAUUAUAUGUUGAACAGUAAAAAUGAAUUAAUGUCCAAAUAUUUCAUUAAAUUAAUUUUUUAGGAUGAAUAAUUUAAUGGCAGUUCAUCCUCCUUUUUUUUAGGCCCUUCCAGUUCUCUACCCACCUCUUCGAAAUGUGAUUGGAGGCCUGACGUUUAGUCAGCUAAUCGGGGUCCUGAAGGAUCUAAUGAUGUCUGAGUCUCUGACAGCCUAUGAGUCUCUUACACUGGCAUGUCAAAACAAGGUCUGUGCUUUUUUCUUUUUUUUGCUGCUGCUGUAUUUUAUGAUUGUGAGGAGCUGUUUCCUAAAAACUUUGUUUUCCUUUCAGUUUGGACUGUCGCUCCUGUACGCUCUUCUGUCUCAAGGAGAGAGGCUGCUGUCCUCAGGUGUUCCUCUCGAGCCCAGCAUUGGUGACUUUGAAACCUGGUGGGGAGUUUAAGCCUGACAGUCGAUAACAGGAAGAUGAAAACAGGGGAUUGUUUUGAGACUCUGAUGUUUGUUCUGUUGUGUUUUAGGACUGACACUAUAUUCCAGGUGGCAGGUCAGCUGUCCCAGUGUUCACUGGUAGAGCCGCUCCUCCUGCCCUCAAACUUGCUCACUCUCUUCUGUCGUUACCUGGACAAGCGCACAGUGCAUCAGCUUAAAAGCAACAUGGAGUGAGUCCCUCUUCUUUUGGGAGUGAAAAAUAUUUGUCUGGGUAUAGUGCCCAAUAAUACUGCUGAUUAUCUCUGUUCAGGUCUGCGACUGGUUUCCUUGCUCUACCAUCUUAA